AACCUGAACGCAACACUGAAUUUGGAUUUAUGAAUUGUGUGCUUAUUUCGCGGAAGAUUCGUUGAAAAUAUUUAGAAUAUUAUAAUAGGCUGCUAAAAAAUUUAAGCGCUCUGUCAUCAAUACAGCUGCUAGCUGUCAUUCUUUUUCUUGCAUAUGUUUUAUCUAUUUUCGCCUUGUAUUUUGGUAAAAGAUCAAAAGCGGAAUAUCAAGAGGAAAUAUGAAAGUGGAAAAGUAGCCGGAGUAGAAGCACAAAAGGAAAAUAAUUGUGUAUAGGUGCAGUUCUCAAUGCUUCAUAACUAAAAUAUCGGCACUAUUUAGUGGAAAACCUAUAAACUUGAUCAAGAGCAACGAAUAAGGUGAAAUGUCAAAUAACAAUCCACAUGGACACAUAAGCCAACCGACGCAAAAUCCUUCAUGGAAUCAUUUGCAAAUACCAUCGUAUAUACCGAGGCAGCCACAGUUGGCGCAUAUGUCCAACGAACGCCCCAUGGUGCGUUCACCAUCGGCUUGGCAUGCGCCGGCACCGCCACCGGAUUCCCUAUAUAAUUUCAUGUCGGCCAAUCAUAAAAAUCUUGAACAUCAGAUGAAUUCUCUGCUGCCACGUUCGCUUUUACCGCCAUUCGACUCGAUGGAUUUAUCGCUACAAUCAAGCCGUAGUUCGAGCUCACCGCUGAACAAAAUCGUUGGUCAUGCCCCAGGUAUGCUGCCACAUGAGUAUGGCGGUCAUAAGCAUGCGGCCACACCACAGCCGCCAGGCCCACCACCGCCACAUCAACAUCAGCAACAUUCCCACCAGCCACAGGCACAUCAGCAUCAACAGCAGCAACAACAACAGCAAUCACAACAUCAUGGACCAAAUAGUUACCCGAUUCAUAAUUUAUCGUCGAACUCACCUUCUAGCUUAGCACAACAACAGCAGCAGCAGCAGCAGCAACAACAGCAACAAUCGCAGCAUGCACAUCACACCCAGCUGGCAGCGCUGCAAUCUUCGCCAGCUACACAUGGCAUGCAAAGCGGUGCUACACCACAAUCGCCCGCCUCACCAGCUGGCAGUCAGGGUCCUAGUAAAUAUAUGAAUACAAAUGGCAAUGAUUGUGAAGGUAUGUUGCCACCUGGUGGCACAAACGCUGGCGGUUCGUCGUCAGUCGGUGGCAAUAAUAACGGUGCGAGUGCGGGUAGUGGUAACGCCGGUGGAGGGGGCGGUGGUCCAAGUCCCGUGCAUGCGUAUAUGCGCGAACAGAACGAUGCACCGCCCCAUAUGAGUGAGGGUUAUGGCAAAGUUACGCAUUUGGCGCGUAACUAUGAUUCUGAGCUGCAGUCCAAAGGAAGCGGUCCAAAGCCAGUUGAGUUGGUCAGCAAAGAUUGUAAUUAUUCCUCACUUAUAUCAAAUAAAAUGCCGUCGCAUACGCAACAGCAGCAGCAGCAUCAACAACAGUCACAAGUUUCUCCCAAGAAACAAUCACCGCUGCGCAAUUAUCAUGCACAACAACAACAUCAACACCACCAUCAACAGCAACAUCAACAACCGCCACCGUUUAAUAACCCACCACAGUCUGCAAUGAAGCACAACGGUCCGCAUACCCCGCCCACACCACAAUCACCCGUAAUGCAUCAGCAAGCAGGUGGACCUUUACAUGGCAUGGACUACAAUCAAAUGCAUUUGCAACAACAACCCCAACCGCAGAGCGCUUAUCCACAUCAGCAACAGCAACAUAUGUCGCAGCAUUUGCCACCACCACCGCCGCCGCACGCAUUACACUAUCCACCACACCCGCAUGCACAUCAGCUACCACACAGUCUCUUGCCUCAGCAACCGACACAGCAUCAGCAACAAGCGUCACAGUUGUCGCAACAAAAUCAGCAACACCACAUUCCACCACAACAACAACAACACUUGCAUGCGCAAAUGCAUCAAAAUCAACAACAACAACAGCAGCAGCAUCAACAUCAACACCAAGUGUCGCCACGCAUGCAUCAACAACAGCAACAACAAUCAUUGUCAGCACAGCAGCAACAACAACACAACACAUCACCACCAAUGCAUCGUUCGCUAAACACACACAUACAACACACCAACUCAACAAAUUACACGCAUCUCGAUGAUAUGGCGCCUGCUGCAACCAAUGCGUCCAAUUCCACCGCAUACAAUGUGCAUGCAGCAGAGCUGAAGAAAUCAUCACCACCUGCCGAUAAUACCGUUAUAGCAGAUCUCUCACCGACUGCCGCCAAAAGUGGGGGCGCGAAUAAUACGUACUCCACCAGCGGGAAUAGUGCGCCCAAACCGGCUUGCAUACCCGACAGCGCUGAGUCGCCUUCACCCGAAGCGAUUUCUUCGCAUUGCGAGUCGCUGGACUCAAAUAGCAAUAGUAGUGGUGGUGGCGGGGGCGGUGCAGGCUUUCGACAACGUUUACAUAAACAACGUGUUGGCGACACCAAAUCCACUGGGGCUGAGGCUGUAGACUUCGGUAGUGUUUUAAUGCCGACACAAGGUGCCACAAACUCACCACACCAAUACCAACAAUUGCCACGGAACAACAUUCCACGCAGUCCAAAGUCUUCACCAACGGAACAAGUGAGACGUUCACCGCGCAAAGCCGAAAUCAAAUCUCCUGCAAGCAAUUUCAACAAAUCACCACCCACUGCAACCGCAAACUUGGGCACACCACACACACAGCCCGAAAAGUUGGCAAUCGCUUCAACACCCUCCUCACCAACUAGCCAAACAAUGGAGAAUGGACGCAUACCGUCCACCAUUGGCACAGCUUCAACACCACUCGGCGCAAUUGCGGAGCCAUUCGCCGACUCAGAGGUGGAGACAAUCGACAAAAUCAGCGCCAUGAUCGCCAGCACCGCCAGUGACAGUGCCACGCACGUGGAUGCGAACAGUAAUUCGAGCAUAAAGAGUGUCGGUGAACGCGGUGAUAGCGGCGUACUCAGCGGUGGCAGUCCGAAAACCAAAAAGCAACGACAAGCGCUGAAACUGCGCAACGCCGCCGAAUAUAAUUCGAAUUCGAACGGCUCGAGCAAUUCGUAUAGCGCCAGUGCUAAUGCCAACACCGCCAAUAGAUGCAUGCCCAUGAGUGAUAAUGCCGUCGCGGUCGACGAGCUGCGCAAGGAGCUAAUGCAAACGGAAUUACAGCAGCUGGAGGUGGCUAAUGGCGGCAAAACUGCACCGCAAACCCACGAGCAUGAUGCCGCAGUUGCUGUUAAUAAUCGCAUGGAGUCGGAAGCUGAGUCGCGCAAGCGGCAGCCAGCGCCACUUAGUCCGCAAAGUAAUAGUCACAGCAGCAGCAGUUCCUCCAGCACCUCCAGCUGCAGCAACUCAAGUCACAGCAGUAUUGGUAGCAAGACAACAACAACGACAACACAUGCGGAAAGCAAAAUAUCGGGGAGUCAAUGUCCAGUUAUAGCCACAACAACGACAGUGUUGGAGGGGGAGAAUAAACUCGCACGACAAACACCAAACGAGAACCAAACGCCGACGCAAACUGCCGAGCCACUGAAUUUGAACGCACAUAAGAGUGACACAGUGACAGCGGCAUUCGAGGAGGUUGAAAAUAAAUUGGAGGAGAUGUUUGCCGGCAUCGAGGAUGAGCCCAUCAUACCGGAGACCGAUGAUAUUUCGUCACAGCCACCCGCCAAUACCACAGAAGUAGUGCGCGAUUUGAGUUUAGCAUUGGAGCUAUCCAACGCCAAUCCCAGCACAGAGUGCAACGCGCCCUCACCCACAACGGUUGAGCCACAGGAAAUGAAACAAGCUUUGAACGCUAUUCCCAAAGAUGUCGGUGCGCCACUGCAUGUACGCACUGAAGGUCCACCACCAACUAAAGCCGCCAAAAAGUCGACACUACCUAGUCCUAUACCCAAAACUAUCACAGCUGACACGCAAUCAGCCGCCGUGGUGAGUGCACAACGUACUGACAAUAAAGAAGGCGGCGCCAAAACGAAUAGCGCCACCACUGUAGCAGGCCGUAGAAGCGGUCCGCCACGACGACGUCUCUCAGUCGCCAUGGAUCCCGCGAAUUUGCGUAUUUUGUUAGAGGAUGAUGCUGACUACACAGAGACACGCCCACAACGCGGCAAACGCACAACGAGCGCCAAAAGAAACAGCUCAAGUGCACAGAACAGCAGCGAGCAGAAGAAGGACGUCGUCAUAUGUUUGGAUGAUGAUGAUGAUCAGCCGAGCACGUCAGCAGCUGCCGCGGCAGCAUUGGCGGCAAAGACAGCAGCGGCUGCGAGCACAACAACAGCCAAAGAAGCGAGCACGCAUGCGGUUGGCGGCAGCGGUAGCAGCACGACCACAAAUGCCAAGUCGUUGAAAACUGCUAAAGGUCGCAAGACGGAUACACGCAAGCGACCGAGUCGUGCGUCGGAUGCUGGCGGCAAGAAUGGCGCUAAGAAGAAAUUGACGGCCAAACAGCAACAGCAACAACGGCGUAAACAACAACAGCACUCAUCCGAUGAUGAUGCACCACUUGCGCCCUCUGUGGCCGCCGCAGAACAAAUAAAGAAUAAAUCUCCAUUCAUUUUGGUGAAGCGUGACGGCAGCAUAAGUGUGGUGAAUGCGCCACUGAAUGCUGAGGAUGCCAAUGAGAAGAACGCAGCCGCGCGACAGGUGAAGAAACCAUCGGGUGCGGCUGGCUACGCACACGACCGGAAAAAUCUGCGCGGUCUGCAUUCCUCAACGCUGAGCAAUAAGUACGACGCGGAUACCACAGAUUCAACGUGGAUAUGUGUAUUUUGUAAGCGUGGACCGCAUCGCUUGGGCCUGGGCGAUCUAUUCGGACCCUACCUGGUCACAGUCGACUGUGAGGAAUAUAAGACGGCUGUAAAAGCACCGGACGCAAUCGAUAUGGAUGCGAUUUUCGUGAGCAAACGAAGACGCCUCGAUAUGGUGCAGACGAACCCGCGCAAUCUGCCCGUCAUGCCGGCUAAAAACUGCGCAGCGACAGUUACGCCUACACGCACCAGCGGCGCGGGUAAAAAGAAAAAGAACGCUUUAGACACCAGCGCGUGCGGUAACAUGAACACUGACGCCCCGGCGAUUAUCGAUCCGCUCGACUGCAGCGCAGAUGAGACAUUGCAGCAGAACUUUCUCGGCAUGUCCAAAGUCUCGGAGAAGAGCUAUGAAGUGUGGCUGCAUGAAGAUUGCAUUGUCUGGGCGCCGGGUGUAUACCUGGUGGGUGUGCGUGUUAUGGGACUCGAUGCCGCGGUUUGGACUAGCACCAGCUAUCACUGUGUGCUGUGCAGCAAACCCGGUGCGAUUGUGUGUUGUCUGCAGCGUGACUGCAAGGCGGCAGCACAUGUCCCCUGCGCACGCGCAGCCGGCUGGAGUUUGAACGAAUCGACAAUGAACGUACACUGUCAACUGCAUGCCGUGCAAACGGCCGUAAUACCAACAACAUUAGCAGCGUUAGCAGCACUACAACAGCCGCAACAACAUCCAGCAGUUUUGGAGAAUUCCUGAGAAUCGCAGACAACCGAGUGCCACCGUCCACGAUCGCGUGCGCAGCAAGGUGCGCGUCGUCAACGUUGCUUAGCGAAGUCCGCUGCACAGCGAAAGUCAAAAUAAAGCACAACAAAAACACGUAAAUGCGUUGCUUACAAUUAGGAAGCUCGUGAGGUGUUCGUGCGCCGACGUUUCAUAAUGCACGCAGUUGCUUUGUUUACUUGCGUUUCGCUAAACAUUCGUUAGUUUUAAGCGUAAACAAUUUUAAGCUGUAACCAUAGUAGUGUACUAUAUUAGCAACUUCAAUUUUACAAUUAACUUUAAGCUACCGUUACACACACAGCAUGUAUGUACACAAAACCAUUGGGGAGAGAAUGAGAAAUUUUAGCGCUAAACAUUUUUUUCUUUAUCAAAAAUAUUGAUUGUUAAGCAUAUGUUUGUCUUGCAUCUAAUUGAUUUGCCGAAAAUCCGUUAGAUUUCUUAUUAAAAACAAUAUUUGUUUUUUUUUUAUUUAAACUUUAACUUUUAGUUCUUAGUUUUUACAUAAAUUAUGCUCUAUAUAUAGCACAUACAUUUACAUACAUACGUACGUACAUACAUAUAUUAUGACAUAAUCGUAAGAUAUUUGUAUAUAAAUACACUUAAUUGGCAUAAAACUGCAUAAGUUUAUUAGUGAAGUGAGUAAUUUUUUAUUAUGGCUUCACAGCGUUUUGAGAAUAAAACCUAGUACAUACAUAAUGA